UCCCCGGCAACUAGCUCAGUCGCUCGCCUCCGCUGCUGGUGUCGAGCCGCUUCCGAUCCCCCCCCCUCCCGACGCGAGGCCGAAACCCUACCGCCGAUGACGUCAUCCGGCGCUCCCCCGCCGGCGGCGAUGGCCGUGGACGACGCGGAGGACGACCAGCUCGCCUCCAUGUCCACGGAGGACAUCGUCCGUGCCUCCCGCCUACUCGACAACGAGAUCCGCGUCCUCAAGGAUGAGCUGCAGCGGACCAACUUGGAGCUGGAAUCGUUCAAGGAGAAGAUUAAGGAGAACCAGGAGAAGAUUAAGCUCAACAAGCAGCUUCCCUACCUCGUCGGCAACAUCGUUGAGAUUCUGGAAAUGAACCCUGAGGAUGAAGCUGAGGAGGAUGGUGCUAAUAUUGAUUUAGACUCACAAAGGAAAGGAAAAUGUGUUGUUCUGAAGACUUCCACAAGACAAACUAUAUUCCUUCCUGUGGUUGGGCUAGUUGACCCUGAUAAACUCAAGCCUGGUGAUUUGGUUGGAGUAAACAAAGACAGCUACCUUAUACUGGACACACUGCCAUCAGAGUAUGAUUCACGAGUAAAGGCAAUGGAGGUGGAUGAAAAACCCACAGAGGACUACAAUGAUAUUGGAGGUCUUGAAAAGCAGAUUCAAGAGCUUGUGGAGGCAAUUGUUUUGCCAAUGACACACAAAGAUCGGUUCCAAAAGUUGGGCAUUCGCCCCCCCAAAGGAGUUCUUUUGUAUGGACCACCUGGAACUGGGAAGACAUUGAUGGCUCGUGCAUGUGCUGCACAGACAAAUGCGACGUUCCUGAAAUUAGCUGGUCCACAAUUAGUCCAGAUGUUUAUCGGUGAUGGAGCAAAGCUGGUUCGGGAUGCUUUUCAGCUUGCUAAGGAGAAAGCUCCCUGCAUCAUUUUCAUUGAUGAGAUUGAUGCCAUUGGGACUAAGAGGUUUGACAGUGAGGUUAGUGGUGACAGAGAAGUUCAGAGGACUAUGUUGGAAUUGCUGAACCAACUCGAUGGAUUUAGUAGUGACGAGCGGAUAAAGGUCAUAGCGGCAACGAAUCGUGCUGACAUUCUUGAUCCUGCUUUGAUGCGAUCUGGUCGUUUGGACCGAAAGAUUGAGUUUCCUCAUCCAUCUGAAGAAGCAAGAGCUAGAAUCUUGCAAAUUCACUCAAGAAAAAUGAAUGUAAACCCAGAUGUGAAUUUUGAAGAGCUGGCUCGCUCAACAGAUGACUUCAAUGGAGCGCAACUGAAAGCUGUUUGUGUCGAAGCUGGUAUGCUUGCACUGCGGCGAGAUGCUACAGAGGUGACUCAUGAGGACUUCAACGAAGGCAUAAUACAGGUGCAGGCUAAGAAGAAGUCUAGCCUAAAUUAUUACGCUUAACAAGCUAUGCUAGAAUCAUCAGGGCUCUGGAGUUGUUUGUAACCAUACUGUUUGGAUAAUCGAAAAUAUGGCUUCACGUUUCAUUUGAGGUAUAACUUUUUUACACUAUAAAGUCAUCACUUGCUUCUUAUGUGAUGGAAAGUUGGAAACUGGAAAGCUUCUUAUGUGAUGGAAACUGGAAAGUUUUUGUUUAUUUA